AUGACAGAGGAGAUGACAAAAACUUCAUCAGCCGGGUAUAAUGGGGGCUUGGCAUUACUCUGGCGCUCAGUCUCUCAUAUUUCUGUUUUGAAUUUAUUUUCACAUUGCAUUGAUGUUGAAAUUUCUAUUGACGGUAUUGGUUCUUGGAGGCUUACUGGUUUUUAUGGUCAGCCUAAUCACUUGAGACGAAAUGAAACUUGGAAUCUCCUUCGUAACUUAAGGGAUUGUAGCCCCUUACCUUGGGUUUGUCUCGGUGAUUUUAAUGACUUACUUGCUAUCCACGAGAAGAGAGGAGGGAGGCCACAACCACGUGCUUUCAUUCAAGGUUUUCGUGAGGCUAUUUGUGAUGCAGGUUUGACUGAUUUUCCUAUGGGAGGAUAUCCUUUUACGUGGGAGCAUGGUAAGGAUUCUGAUCAUUGGAUUGAGGAGAAAUUAGAUAGGGUUUUAGUAUCUAACGGUUGGAGGUAUAAAUUCCUUUAUGCUCAGGCAUAUACAUUAGAUAUCACUACUUUUGAUCACUUGCCAAUCUUUCUGGAUGUUCGCUCUAUGGUCACUCGCGAUCACGAAAUUGUUCUGAACAAUUGGAAUUCUGGGGUGAUAAUGAAUUUGGAGGAUUGGUUGAAGGAUCGUAAUGCUAUUCAUGAAGCAUAUCGAAAGUUAUUUCAACUGCUACAUGACCGUGAGGUUCAGUGGAAGCAGAGGGCGAAAGAUUUUUGGCUUCGGAAAGGGGAUGCUAAUACACGUUUUUUCCAUGCUAUGGCUACAGACAGGAAGCGAAAAAAUAAUGUGCUUAGGCUUCAGAAUUCGGAGGGAGUCUGGUGUUUGAGAGGGUCGGGCUUGGAAGAUUUAAUGGUUGGCUACUUUAAAGACAUUUUUACAUCACGCAUGGGCAAUAUGGAGCCUACCCUUGAACACGUUACUGCAUGUGUUACGGAGGAGAUGAAUCAGAAGCUGAUGGAGUCUUAUUCAAUGGAGGAAGUGAAGGCUGCAUUGUUUACCAUGAAACCUGAUAAAACUCUAGGCAUUGAUGGUUUAAUCCUGGAUUUUUUCAAAGUCACUAGGAGAUUGUGGGUCCUGAAGUUGUCUCGUAUGAUUUCAGCUAAGGUAAAUCAUGAUUUGAUUACAGGAUGGUCUAUUAUGAGAAGAGCUCCUAUUAUUUCACAUUUAUUUUUCACAGAUGACAGUUUAGUUACUUUCCAAGCAAGUAGCAAAGAGGCACGUGUGGUGAAGGAGAUUAUGGAUGGGUAUGUUGAGGCGUUGGGACAAUUAAUCAAUUAUUCCAAGUCUUCUUUGUGCUUCUCACGUAAUACACCUCUUGAUAUGCAACAUGAUGUAUGUUCUAUAUUGGAGGUGAUGGAGCAAAAAGACUUGGGGGCAUAUUUGGAUUUGCUAACGCGAAUAGGGAUUAAUAAGCGUGAGUUGUUUCAGUUUAUGAAGGAUAGAAUAUGGCAGAAACUCAACUCUUGGAAGCAAAGAUGUCUAUCUAGGGUGGGAAAAGAAGUGAUGUUAAAAACUAUUCUCCAGACACUUCCAACGUAUGCUAUGAAUUUAUUUUUGGUGCCGCAAACAAUUUGUUAUGAAUUGCUGCGACUUAUGGCUCGAUUUUGGUGGGAAAGAGGGAGCUCUCACAAACGAGGGAAGUACACAUGGGCAAUUUUCACUAGAGAUAAUUCAUUGGUGGCAAGAACUCUCAAGGCCAAGUAUUUUCCGUUUGGCUCUUUUUUAGAUUCGGAGAUUGAGAGUAAUCCAAGCUACUUGUGGAGAAGUUUGUGGGAGAUUAAGAAGUUGAUUGCGUCAGGUUCUCUUAAAAGAGUUGGACAUAGUAGAAGCAUUUCGAUUUGGGAGGAUCCAUGGGUGCCAUUAAAUUUGAAUGGUAAGGUUGAUGCUCAUAAUAUAUUGUCUAUCCUUUUGAGUAUCACUGGGCAAGCAGAUAAUUGGGUAUGGAAAUUUGAGAAACGUGGAUUAUAUUCGGUUCGAAGUGCUUAUAGAUUCUUGACACAGACUACUCACUUGAGUUGCUCAGUUGCGGUUAGAUCAAUGUGGAAGAAACUCUGGCAUAUUCGGGCUCCACCGAAGGUUUUAAAUCUGGUAUGGCGAGCUUGCUGUAAUGUUAUUCCAUGCUUGGUUAAUUUAAUUCGUAGGAAUGUUCAAGUCAGUGAGUCUUGUCCUGUUUGCUCUAGUCAAAGUGAAACGAUAAUAUAUGCUCUAAUUACUUGUCCUUUUGCUCGUGAUUAUUGGAUGAUGACUGAAUCUAGUUGGCUCUUCCCCCACAUGCAAUCGUUUAGUGAUUGA